UCAGGACAAUCUAGAAGAAGGAGCAGCCAAUUUUCAGCCCUUCAAGCUGAUACACACUCCCCUCAUUACGAACCACACAAACAGGCUUUUCCUCUCACACAUACACACCACACCUUGACAGGUGGCCUCUGCCCAGAUCAGUAGCUGUGGUAGAAGCCAUCUUAACUGACUCACUGAGGUUUGAGCUGAGGUUUGGAUCCUCUCUGACUGUUCGAGCGUGAGCAGAGUUAGGAGAGCUCAAGCUUCACUUUCUUCUCCAGUGCAGAGAGACGGCACGCCAGGCACGAGGCUCCCCACUCCUCCCCUCUCCCACUCUGCCUUUUUGCUGGGCUCCAGUCCAGAGAAUGACUGGCUCCAGUGGACCCAAGAGGAACACAGCCUGAGGAUACAGUACAGCAGCUCCAGCCUUGCCUGCCUGCCCGCCUGCCUGCUGGGACACAAAUGCACUGAGGUUUUUACAAAUCAUCUCCAACACCUUUCCGGGAUUCAGAUUUCUUUUUUUUUUUCUGUCAUCAGGUAAGAAAGACUGUAUCUAAGCUGGGCAUACAGACAGACAAACAAACAGACGGACUGACAUAUGGACAGAGAGCAGUGGGCACUGCGGCGUGAAUGUAGCAACUGGACUUCUCUUCUCCCUGGUUACUAAGACCAAACAAGGAUAACAGCCAGAGCACUGUCCACCGAGGUAGUGGGUGGAUGCAGCUUUCAUCACACGGCUAUAGGGGAACGCAGAUACUGUAUAGAAGCUGCAGAGUAUCUAGUUGAUCCUCACUGUGGUGAUCGUCAGAAAAUGGACUGUUACCUCCAAGUAGACUUUUGUUGGAUUGCUAUCUCUUAUUAAAUAUUGUUUGCAGGAACUUGUAGGGCAAAGACUUUUUUUCUAUUCAUGGACUUUGCUGCCCGUGUUGAGUGGACUUGCAGGAUUUCGGUGUAUAUGAACGUGGAGUGUGUGUCUCAAUGAGGAUGGCAGAGUGCAUAAGGACUGUGUAUCUGACACUGAUGCUGCUGUAUCUUGUUCUGCUGGGCACGGCUCACACAGUCCACAGCGUAUACCCAAGGAUACGGCUCUCCCACAAAGAGCUUUGGCAGCUGAACAGAACCUGGGUGUUCCAGGGACACGGAGCGUCUCUUCAGCCCCAGACCAUGCUUCUGGAUGAGGGCCACGAGAGGCUUUAUGUUGGGGCCAAGAAUACUCUGUUCUCCCUUAGCCUGGACCGGGUCAACACACACCACAGAGAAAUUCAGUUUGCCAGUACAGAAUCUCAGAUCCAGGAGUGUUUGAUGAAGGGAAGGGAUAAGUCGGAGUGUGCUAACUACAUCAAGGUUCUGCAACAGUACAACCAGACCCAUUUGCUGGUCUGUGGAACAGGAGCCUUUAACCCCGUUUGUGUCCUGGUCAGAGUGGGACAUGCAGGGCGGGACAGGUUUGCUCUUGAAGAAGACAGUAUCAUGAGUGGCAGAGGACGCUGUCCAUACGACUCCAACAGUCCAUGCACGUCUACGCUCUCCAGAGGAGAGCUGUACAUUGGCCUGUACACUGACUAUUGGGAAAAUGAUGGUGCUUUUUGUCGACUUAACAACCAGACCUACACACGCACUGAGAGAGACGACAGGCAGCAACUAAAUGAACCUAAAUUUGUGGGGUCAGCGGUUAUUCCAGACAAUGAUGACAGGGAUGAUGAUAAAGUUUACUUCUUCUUCACUGAACGAGAGAUUGAUGCUGAGGGAGUGAACAAGGCUGUGUACACUCGUGUGGGGCGAGUCUGUGCGAAUGACCAAGGAGGACAGAGAAUGCUCGUGAAUAGAUGGAGCUCCUUCCUGAAAACUCGUCUUAUCUGCUCUGUGGCUGGACCAAAUGGCAUUGACACACACUUUGAUGAACUUGAGGAUGUGUUUGUGCUCAAGAACAAGGAUGGAAAAAACCCAGAAGUCUUUGGCCUCUUUAGCACAACAAGUGCGGUGUUUAAAGGCUAUGCAGUGUGUGUCUAUCACAUGGAUGAUAUAAGAGCAGCCUUUAAUGGUCCAUUUGCAUACCGAGAGAGACCUGAGCAUCACUGGACACCAUAUGAGGACAGAGUCCCCUACCCUCGCCCUGGAUCUUGUGCCAGUAAAGUGAACGGCGGUGGCUUUUCCAGCUCCAAGGAGUUUCCCGAUGAGGUUUUGCGGUUUGUGCGCUCUCAUCCUGUGAUGUACCGUCCAGUCCUUCCCCAGCACCGUAGACCUGUCCUGUUGCAGACAGAGCCAGGCAGAAGAAAGCUGACCCAGAUCGCUGUGGACCGAGUCCAAGCCCAGGAUGGACACUACCAUGUUCUCUACAUCGGCACUGACGACUCAGUGGUGUUGAAAGUUAUCACCAUCUACAACAAAGACACGGACACCAUGGAGGAGGUGCUGCUGGAAGAGCUGCAAGUAUUCAAGGUGCCAGCACCAAUAAGAGAGAUCAUAAUCUCACCUAAAAGGCAACAGCUGUAUGUCGGGUCAGAAGUGGGUGUGGCUCAGGUCAGACUGCAUCAGUGUGACCUCUAUGGCUCAGAAUGUGCUGAUUGUUGUCUGGCCAGAGACCCCUACUGUGCCUGGGAUGGUCUAACCUGCUCCAGAUACUACCCUGCUGGAGUUUACACCAAAAGCAGACGAUUCAGGCGGCAGGAUGUUCGCCAUGGCAACGCCGUCCAGCUGUGCAAUGGGCUGCAAAUUGAUGAUGAACAAUGGCACAGAGGUGAAGAGAGGCUGGUGUACGGUGUGGAGAGCAACAGCACUUUACUCGAGUGUGUCCCUAGAUCACUCCAAGCAAAGGUACUCUGGUUCUUACAGCAAGACGGAGAGAAACAUGAGGUUCGAGGUGAUGAGCGGAUUAUCAUGACCUCCCACGGGCUGCUGUUUUUACGAGUGAGAAGCUCGGAUGCUGGUGUGUACGUUUGCCAGACUGUGGAACAUGGAUAUGUGCACACAUUAUUACGCAUCUCUCUACACGUGCUCAGAGGGGAGAGGGUGGAGUCAGCGAUCCACAGGGCUAAUGAUGGGGAUGGAGAGAAAGCUGCACCUCCAUGCCACUCCUCUAUGGGCCACUCACCAGGCCCCAGCAUCAGCCCCAGGGCUCUGGUGCCAUCCUCAGUCCCAGGCCCCCAUUCCAGGCUGUGGUACAAAGAGUUUCUCCAGCUGAUUGGCUAUGGGGAUGCCCAGAAAGUAGAGGAGUACUGUGAGAGAGUGUGGUGCUCUGAUAAAAAACGUAAAAAGACCAAAAGGAAGUAUGUUCCUCCGGGUGGCGAGAAGAAAGGGAAAGGGAGAGGAGAGGAUAACUCCCACCGAGCGCCCAGGCACACCUUGGACACCUGAGGAGAAUAGAGAUUGACUGCUCACGCACACACACACCCACACACACACACACACACACACACACACACACACACACACACACACACACACACACACACACACACACACACACACACACACAGACACACACACACACACACACCCACACACAAACACACACACACACAGUCUAAAGGUCAGACUUCCUCAGUGUUUGCACCAUGUCAAAGGUUUUCACAGUGAAAGACAUGUGUAGCAGGCUGUCUAGCUGUUGUAGCUACAUUUAUAGUAUCAGUAGUUUGACUAUGAUGUUUGUAUGUUAUGUUAUGUUAUUUUAAAAAGCAACUUUUUGGCUUUUUUGUGUGGUGUAAACUGAUUAUGCGGUGCAAACCCAGGGUAAAUACAAUAUAUGUCAGUGUCAGAGCAGAGGGCCUGGGAAGAGAUGGACGACUGAUUUAGCGACGUUGCCUCUGAUCUGAGACAGAAUAUAAUAUAUUAGCUCCUGUGGACUGACCCAGCCCAACCCAGCUGUCAAUCCAAACGCACACAGAGACUUGCUACACUAAAACUAUGCCCCACCUCUCAUUCAAUGGCUCAAUAUGACAAACUCUUACUGUAUCUAUUAUGAGAGAAACUAUGUUAAAGGUAAUGGCCUUCUAAUCUUUUUUGGUACUAUGAUAACUUAUUUUCUUGGUCUCUACUUUGAGUUAUGUAGUUGUUUUUAGAUGUCAUGAACUGGAAAAUAUAGUGUUGUUUUUGUACAGUGGAAAAUGCCUUGAGCUUUAUUAUACUGAUAAUUUGAUUAUAACAUGGCUGUGGUGUGUGUGGUUAUAAUGGCCACAAUGCAUACAGUAAGAUGUUGCAAUGCCACUAUUAUGGAUAUUUGAGGGAUGUUUUAAGUAUAAGUAUGCCCUCAAUGGAAAUAAUUACUAUUUAAGCACUUGUGAAAACAGUAACAGUAGUAUGAAAAGUGGUCCUAUCAGUAUAUAUUAUUGUUAUUGUUAAGUGUGUACAUUUACAUCUACAAUUGUGAUCAAAUGUACCAACAGGAUUGUGUAUUGUGUAUUGUAUUUAUCUCAAUUUAGGGUGGUCUUUGUGUGUACUUCUGGUAUCUAUUACUGUGUAUACAAAAAGUCAUCCUUCACUGCUGGCUGCUCCCUCCUCUUUCCCUAUUUCUCCCUCUCUUACGUGUUCUCCCUAUCUCCCUCUAUCACCCUUUCCUACCCCUUCAUUUACCCUCUUUUGUUCAUCUGUAAUGAUGUUGCAGAUGGGAUUCAUAAUUACAACACCACAUUCCCUUCAGUAGAAAAAAACAUACAAAUAAAUGUUAGGGUGACCAUCCAAGCAUGUCAUUAGCAAAAGUGAUGAGUCAGCCUGAUGCAUAUUCAGUUAAUCCUAAAAUGACAGAAACAUCAAAGAAUUUGAUGUUACAGUGAAAUGCAUUGUAGUGGUUGUGCUAACAAUAGAGUCUGGAGGAUCACCUCUUUUUCAAUGUUGUGCCUUAUUUGUCACUUUAGAAAUUUGACCUUGUUGUAUUUCUCAUUAUCAUAAUGAGGUAAAAACAAUCGCUUGGCCUUAUAGUGUCAUUCUCCUUGAAUAUUCUUCAACUAAGAGCUUUGACUUGGAUUGAAAAUGCUGUGUCUGCUAUACCUCUUAUAAAUACCUGCCAUUAAAAAAUGAUGGACCAUCCUUCCCUCGUGUCACCUCUGUGGUUUAGCCAACAGUAAUGACAAAGUAUACUCAGUCCACGUCCACACACAGACAUAUUGAGAGUCCGAGCCAAUGAAGCGGAAUAAAAUGAGGUUGGGAAAGAGCCAUGUGCAGUAGUCACUUAGAUUAAAACAUAAAUUUUCAUAUGUAAUAUUUUAUUUUAUUGGGUAACUACUGUAAACAUGAUUAAAAAAGUUGCUAUGUUUCCUAGUAUUGUAGAAUGGUCCAUAUGCUGGUGAAAUACAAAGUCUAGUGUAACUGGUAAGGACUGGUUAUACUUUUUUUAACUGUGCACUAGGACACCACACUCAUUCAAAUUCUGUGUAGGUCUACCUGAGUCAGUGGGGUGCUGAAGGCAUUUGAGAAUGGAAUUCAUCUUGCUGAUAUAUUCCACAUGGCUACCAUAGCAACAGGCUCUGAACCAGUUCAGUUCUCCUCCUCAUCAAAGCUCUCUCUCUCUCUCUCUCUCUCUCUCUCUCUCUCUCUCUCUCUCUCCCUCCCUCUCUCUCUGUGUCAAGUUUUAACACUGUUACUCUGGCCACUGGGCCCCCUCUAGUCAUGGUCCCUGUAGCCACUAAUAGAUCAUACUCUAAUGUAUACUGGUCCUCUUAGUUAAGCUUAAAAGUGCCUUCUUUUCUGCAGGGAUUGAAGCUGGCAUUUGCCUGCUGGAUGGAGCUUCUGAUCCCACAGUAACAUGCCAUUUGGGAACAGAUGCAAAAAUAGAGAUUCAUUUGGAGCUGCACAUAUUUUCUUCUAGACAUCAAUCAUUUUGAGGUUCAAGAGGUCAAUAAGAGGUAAUGAAAUACUGUAAAUCCAUUCAGCAACAAAGAGAUUAAAAGGUCAAAGGUCACUAAUAAACAGGCUGCUGUACAUGUUUCAGUCACUGUGUGAAGAUGACAGUGAUUAUCCUUUUCCUCUAUUGGCACCCAUCUCCUCUUUUUCCUGCCGCCUUUGUUAUCCCCACGUUGUGCUGUUUCUAUCAGGAGCCAAUGCACCAGAACGCUUUAUUACAAGUGAAAAUGUCAGAGAGAGAAGGAGAGUUUAUGAGGCGGAGGAAAAUGAACAUUGGAGGACAAAGAGUAAACGAGCCUCGACAGCCAGUAACACUCCACAUGCUGUCAGUGUGAACAGUAUAUUGUGUGUAUGUGAACACGUUUUGGCGACUUUUUUGGGGUUUGCAUACAAGUCUUGAUGGUAAAUAAGAAUAAAAGCACGGCAAAUAGAAA